AAAAACAAAACACACACACACACACACACACACAGAAGUGUAUUUGAAAACCCCGCGCUUUCUUGGACAUUUUGGUCAUAAUUCAUAGGAAUUCGUUAAUAUUUAAAACCGUAUUUUUGCUGAUUUUAUAUGCUCAUACUACCUGUUGGCUAUACAUUCGCCUCUUAUGGUUUCUUCACACAUUACUUGAAACGGCUUGGUUAGAUUAUAAACACGAUUUAACCUUGUUUGGGCUGCCUGUGGAUUAACAUAAAUAUUUAUGCUACUAAAGUUAUUCUGGAUGUUGCCAUGGGACCGUUGCCUCCCAUUAAUUUCUAAGAAUUUGAACCGAAUAAACAUUUCUAGGAACUUAAUUUGAUUAUGUGUCUGUCAUUUGCAAGGGCGCCUGAGAGAACAGUUCUGAUACUCACUGAAUGGAAACUUGGAAAAYCGCAUACUAACUGAAGACUUUCCCAAAUGGUAGCUCAGUUAAUAGCUGGCGUCAUAGCUUUUGUAGGAUGGUGGGUAUGGAUCGUCUUCAAAUUCUUCAAGACCGUUCUCUUCUCAAUCUACAUGGUCUUCGUUGUCGUCGUCGUACAGAAAUUCCUGGUCUCCUACUACUACAAAAGCGCCAAGUACACAAACUCGAUCAACACGAUCAACAUUAGGAGAUAUGAUGACGAAAGCAUCAGGAUUGUCAUUUGUCUAACUCCAAAAUCUUCUCCUUCUACACCAGCUUCAAGUAKACAAAGGGAACAAACAUCAACUAGGCGAACACGAGCACGAAGCAAAACGGCAGCAGAUGCCUUGUCUGCCAUCUUUGGUUCACCUCCAUCGCGUCCUUCUACACCAGCUCUAAGUAGACUAAGGAGACCAACAUCUACUUGGUCGAAACAAGAAACAUACGAAGCGACAGCAUCAGCCUUUUCUGUCAUCACUGGUGUAAAGAUCAUHAGCGAAAAGGAUGUACAAAGGCAGCGUGAACUAGGCAAGAGGGUGAGAGCGCUCGAAAUCAAAGAUGUCUUCUACGGUCGACUCAGCUCGACUCAGACUAAUCAAGAACAACUUUACUACAUCCCGGAUUCUGCUUACGAUCCACAGUACGACCAUGACUUUACUAACUACAAGGGAGAUGACACUAACUGUACCAGAGGAUACUAUCCUUACAAGAGACCAGCUGGUUGGAACAGAAAGGCUGUGAGAGUGAACGGCAAGUAUGGAAAUGAUGUUUGGCUAGGGCAACAAGGCUGGAGGAGUGAAUCUUCCCCAGGAGAAUGGSCAGUAUCCUACCAUGGAACGAUGAUAGAYAACGUYCCCAGYAUUGUGRCCGGUGGAUACGACACCAAKARGWGUGUACGUCAACKGUAUGGUCCAGGUAUCUACUCCACACCAGACUUUAAAGUAGCUGAAGAUUAUGCUACAGAUUUCAACUACAAAGGAGAAAACUGCAAGUGCAUCCUGCAGAACCGAGUCAACCUAAAGAAGACGAAGGAGCAAAAAACACCCUACGGGAUAUACUUCGUAACUCCUGAUGAAGAUGAUAUUCGUCCCUAUGGAGUGUGUAUMAAGAAAAUCUAAACAARCCYGUCCAAAACCAACUACGACUCUAACAAAUAAUCCAGAACUUUUUAUUUGAACAGUGGCAAGAGUGUUUGAAUAUUUAGGAUUAUGGAAUAGUGMWUUUUGUGGAAUAUCUAUUAUGAAUUAUCCUUUUCAUAGAGUAUACUUUUGUGGAGACAAGAACAGAAAUCAAAGCACCUGGUUGCCCCUUAGCUGCAUGCUAAUUUACAUAUGUCUAGUCUAGAUUUUCAUGCCUUUUUUCUUAGAAUUGUAGGGAAGUACCGAKAAUUAUUUGGACAGUAGCAAGAAUUUACCAGCUUACAUGGAAUAUUUUGGAUUUGUCUUCGUCAAUCAAUGUGAAUAAAUUAUCCUUUUAUAGGACGUAUAUCGGACGUAUAACUAGAGUAAUUGCACCUUAGCUAAACGAUCUCCGCAUACUAAUUUAUAUCUAGUCUAGACCUUCCUGCCUUCAUUGGAAUCGUAGGGAAGUACAGAGAAGUCGUCCUUUGAUUGUAUUUGACAAACACGUAAUCCAGACUUUGAGCCUGAAUAUAGUUGGAAUACCGGGAAUCAAAAUAAAGAUGUAGUAGUAAAAUGA